AUUGUCCAAGAAAAGGUCCAGGUUCAAUCUAUCCCUAAUUCCAUUUCCCUAAACAUUUUGGGACCCAAUUGACUCAUCUUUGGAAUUUGAUUCUCUCUCUUUCAUAAGUACAUUUCUCAUGCCUCUUCCAUUCCCAAAAGUCCUAAAUAGUUAAGACCUGCCACACCCACCUCCGUCUGAUACAAACAGCGCCACCAACCUCCACCGCUAAUGGCGUCGGCGGACGACGGUUUCCGGCCACUGGACGAGAAGUCCCUCAUAGAGUACAUAAAGGCCACGCCUUCUUUAUCUUCCAAGCUCGGCAACCACUUCGAUGAUUUGCAAGUCAAAGAAGUGGGUGAUGGCAAUCUCAACUUCGUCUACAUCGUUGUUGGAGGCUCUGGUUCUUUUGUCAUCAAGCAGGCUCUUCCAUACAUACGAUGCAUAGGGGAAUCAUGGCCAAUGGCAAAGGAGCGUGCUUACUUUGAGGCUACAGCACUGAACGAGCAUGGUCGUUUAUGCCCUGGUCAUGUUCCAGAAGUUUAUCAUUUUGACCGGGCUAUGUGUUUGAUUGGUAUGCGUUAUUUGGAGCCUCCACAUAUAAUUUUGAGGAAAGGGUUGAUUGCUGGACAUGAGUACCCGUUGCUUGCAGAACACAUGUCAGAAUAUAUGGCAAGGACUCUUUUCUUCACAUCCCUUCUUUAUCGUACUACCACGGAGCACAAACGAGAAGUUGCUGAAUUUUGCGGAAAUGUGGAGUUAUGCAGGCUCACUGAGCAGGUUGUGUUUUCUGAUCCUUAUAAAGUAUCUCAAUAUAACCAUUGGACCUCCCCAUAUCUUGAUCAUGAUGCUGAGGCAGUUCGGGAGGAUAAUGCUUUGAAACUUGAAGUUGCUGAGUUGAAAUCCAUGUUCUGUGAGAGAGCGCAAGCCCUUGUACAUGGUGAUCUCCAUACUGGUUCUGUCAUGGUUACUCAUGAUUCAACCCAAGUUAUAGAUCCAGAAUUUGCUUUCUAUGGACCAAUGGGGUUUGAUAUUGGAGCCUUUCUAGGAAACUUGAUUCUGGCUUUCUUUGCCCAAGAUGGACAUGCAAAUCAGAGCAAUGACCGAAAAACAUAUAAAGAGUGGAUUCUGAGGUCAAUAGAAGACACAUGGAAUCUGUUUGAAAAAAAAUUUACUGCUCUUUGGGAUGAACACAGAGAUGGCUCCGGCGAGGCUUAUCUUUCAGAAAUUUAUAAUAACCCUGAGCUUCAGCAGCUUGUUAAACAGACAUUCAUGAAAGGUUUACUCCAAGAUACUCUUGGAUUUGGAGCCGCCAAAAUGAUAAGGAGAAUUGUUGGGGUAGCUCAUGUCGAGGAUUUUGAAUCAAUCACCGAUGCUGGUGUACGAGCAGAUUGUGAGCGGCGGGCUCUAAACUGCGCCAAGAUGCUGCUGAAGAAAAGGCGAGAAUUUCAGGCUAUCAAUGAAGUUGUUUCAGCCAUUCAGCAAAUCCAUUCAUGAUAAUGUUCUUCGUAAUAUCGAUUAUUUGGCAUGAAUUUUGGGUUCUCCCAGAUAAGCUUCAGCAUUUUUAUGUAUCGGUAAAUUGCUUGCUUCAAUUAUUGUCACCUUUUUUGUGUUUAAAUGAUAUUGUAAGAUUUGCUGUUUGUACUGUUAUCUUCAUUACAGGGUGCAGGUGUCACGGGGUUUAACUAUAAUUUGAUUUGUUUACCAAUAGCCAUGUAAGUGGUAUUAAUCAACAUUAAAAGUUUUUUGGUUUUUAA